AUGACGUCACGCCUCCCCGUGCAGGCGGAGGCUGGAGAUGACGCGAACUAUGUAGCAGCACAGACUUCGCCAUUUUGGGCUAAGAUUUGGAAUCGUCACAACGCAAGCAUGGCAAUGCGUGAAAUUGAACCUUACAUCUUUGAUCCAGAGUCUGACUCUGAACUCGAAGUGCACAAAGGACAACGGAGAAAAGCUCACACUAGAAGCAUAGAAGUAACCUUUGAGUUGGAUCAAACCAAGGAGGAAAGUCCAGUUAAAUAUUAUGAAGAUGAUGAGAUUUCAGAGGAAGAAGAGGAUGAUGAUGAUGAUGACGCAAGUUCAGAUGAGGACUGGGUUCCUCAAAGAAAAAUUGAGGUGGAAACUGCAGAAGUGAAAGGAAACUCUUCCUCAGACGAAGAGAUUGUGAUCGAUAAAGGAUCUAGCCUGACGUUAAGAACAGGGAGGAAUAGUCGCAACGUGAGAAUGGAACUGUGUGAUAUUGAGUCUUUCAUCUUUGAUCCAGAUGUUAAGUCAGAACUCGAAGUGCACAAUGGGCAACAGUGGAAAGAUUGUGUUUCAGACACUGAUAGAAGCAUUUACUGGGUUCAAAAUGGCAAUGAGUUAAGGCCUCAGUACAGAACCACAUCUCCCCAUCACACUGGACGUAUAGAAGUAACCUUUGAGGUGGACCAAACCAAGGAAGACUACGAUGAAGAGGAUGAGACUUCAGAAGAAGAGGGAGGGACAACGGUUGCUGAGGCUGGGGAUGAUGAUCUGGAGGAUGGCGAUUCGGACCGGCAUGGGACGGGCCCACCAAAGUUGAGUCCUGGCACAUUCCAGGGUACAACCCUGUUCUUCUAG